UGCUCGAUCAGGCAGCAUCACCACCAAUCUGGAGUCCACUGCUAUAGCUGCUGCAUCCUCCUUUUCUUCCCAUUAUUCCCUUCCACAUAUGUGCAUAUAUACUAUACAUAUAUACUACAAUAUAUAGUAGCUAAUUAAGUACAAAAUGAUCAUCAGUCGCAGCUCCCAGCUGCUCUUGUUGCUCCUGCUCAUCUUGUUGGCCCCUGCUAGCACUUGUGCUGCAGCUGCCAACGCCACGAGAUCAGCCAAGCAGCAGCAGCACAGGCCCAACGCCGACGACAAGCCUCAUCAGGCGGCUGCCCUCAUCGUCUUCGGCGACUCCAUCGUGGACCCCGGCAACAACAACGGCAUCAACACCAUCAUCAAGGCAGACUUCCCGCCCUACGGCGACGACUUCCUCAACCACCGACCCACCGGGAGGUUCUGCAACGGAAGGAUACCCACAGACUUCAUCGCGUCCCGUCUGGGGCUCAAGGAUUACCUGCCUCCCUACCUCUCCCCUCAGCCGCUGGACACGCACGACCUCAUCACCGGCGUCAGCUUCGCCUCCGGCGGCACCGGCUUCGACCCGCUGACACCCAAGCUGGCCUCCGUGAUCUCGCUGCCCGACCAGCUGACCAUGUUCCACGAGUACCUGGGCAAGGUGCGCGCCGCCGCCGGGGACGACAAGGCCUCCGAGAUCCUGUCCCGGGGCGUCUUCGCCAUCUGCGCCGGCAGCGACGACAUAGCCAACACCUACUUCACCAUGCGCGCGCGCAGCGAGUACGACCACGCCUCGUACGCGAACCUCCUGGUGCAGCACGCAUCCUCCUUCGUCGAGGACCUCAUCCGCGCCGGCGGCCGGCGGGUGGCCUUCAUCGGCAUCCCGCCCAUCGGCUGCGUGCCGUCGCAGCGCACCAUGUCCGGCGGCCUGGAGCGCGGCUGCUCCCAGGGCCACAACGAGGUGGCCGUCGCCUACAACGCCGGCAUGGUGAGGGAGCUGGCGGCGCUCCGGGCCAAGUACCCCGGCACGCUGCUGGUGUUCAUGGACAUCUACGGCUUCCUGUACGACAUGAUGAUGCACCCUCGCAGCUACGGCUUCAAGCAGUCCACCAAGGGCUGCUGCGGCACCGGCCUCCUGGAGGUCUCCGUGCUCUGCAACCGCGUCACCUCCGCCGUCUGCGACCCCGUCGGCGACUACCUCUUCUGGGACAGCUACCACCCCACGGAGAAGGCAUACAAGAUCCUCGCAGACUUCGUCUACGAAAACUACGUCAAGCUCAUCAUCUGAUCUCAUCUCAUCUGAUGAUGCAUGAUUUAUUAUUAUUAUUAUUAUUAUUAUUAUUAUUAUUAUUAUUAUUAUUAUUAUUAUUAUUAUUAUUCUGUAUGUAUUUCCCCUUAGAUAGCUUCUCUCUGGUGAUUGCAUUAUUGAUCAUGCAUUUCUUUUUUUCUUUUUCUUUAUUUACUUACUACUUAUAUAUAGGGAGCUUCCCUGCCUCUCGAUUA